UGCAUGUGUGUAUUCACCUUGCGCUGUGAGAGGGCUCAGAUAGGCUUUCGGGGGAGGUGGGGAUCAUGCUUUGUCAUUGAGGAGCUCAGCAGCAGCAGCAUUCUCCCACUCCGGCACGUCCGACGCUCAGCAUGCUGCAUCCUGAUGCGCUCCCGUCUGCACUCAACGAGCUUACCUGGAUUUACAUGCAUUUGUCGUUUGGCGCUUUUACAUGAGCGUCUGAUCGCAGCCGCCGCGUAUUCGUUGACGCAUCUCAAUGUUUGAACCGGAGGAGAGCGGCACGUCCCAAGAGUCAGAUAAGGUACGAACCGUCCUGCGGACCUCCCCCGUCACUGUUUUUGCCUCCAGCGGCACCCCGAGUGUGUGAGAUUCAUGAUUCAUCCCACCGUUUUCACGGGCUGUCCUUAGAGCGCAACCUCUUCUGGUUCUUCCAAAUGGAGAGAUUCCAGUCCUCCAUGCGCAAACGGCUCUACAGCUUGCCGCAAAACAUUGGGCAAAAGCCCUUUGUGACUGACGAAGGGGAGAACGGCGACAAGGACACUAAAAGGAAAAGUAUCGGGCUCAAACAUUUGUCCUCUCUGUCUCCCGCGAGCAGUUGCAAGAGCAUUGGGGAGGCCGGGGUCGAAGACUUUGAAAGGGACGUCACCGUGAAGACCAACUUGAAUGGGGACUGCCGCUUUUUUAGGGGCAGCAUCUCUUCCAUCUCCGGACGGCAUCCCCCCGGGUCAGAUUUGGCGGAGCAGAGGCGCCUCAUCCCCGAGGCUGAUGCUGGAGUCAACGAGAGUUUCCCCGGUGAGCACGGCCCCGGGGCCCUGCAGCGGGCAACGGGUGGGCUGACCGGCAUAGUCGGGCAACCGUCACUGUUUGACCAGUCAACUUUCAUCAAGUUGGAGGGCUCUGAGCAAAUAAUACCCGAAGAUGAGCGUCUCUACCAGGCUGGCUUCAUGCACCGGCAGUUUGGGGCGAUGCUCCAGCCGGGAGUCAACAAGUUCUCCCUGCGGAUGUUGGGCAGUGAGAGGGCCGUGGAACACGAAAGGGAACGCGUGAAGUCUGCAGGCUUCUGGAUAAUCCACCCCUACAGUGAUUUUAGGUUCUACUGGGAUCUGACAAUGCUGCUGUUGAUGGUGGGAAACCUCAUCAUCAUCCCCGUGGGCAUCACCUUCUUUAAGGACGAGCACACGCCGCCCUGGAUAGUCUUUAACGUCGUGUCGGACACCUUCUUCCUCAUGGACCUGGUCCUCAACUUCCGCACGGGCAUCGUCAAGGAGGACAACACGGAGAUCAUCCUGGAUCCGCAUCAGAUCAAGAUCAAGUACCUGAAGAGCUGGUUCGUGGUGGACUUCGUCUCCUCCAUACCCGUGGACUACAUCUUUCUUAUCGUGGAGACGCGCAUCGACUCGGACUUUUACAAGACGGCCCGAGCUCUGAGGAUCGUCCGCUUCACAAAGAUCCUCAGUCUGCUACGGCUGCUGCGCCUCUCCAGACUCAUUCGCUAUAUCCACCAGUGGGAAGAGGUUUUCCACAUGACAUACGACCUUGCCAGCGCCAUGGUGCGUAUCAUGAACCUGAUUGGUAUGAUGCUGCUGCUGUGUCACUGGGAUGGCUGUCUGCAGUUUCUGGUUCCCAUGCUGCAAGACUUCCCCCAAGACUGCUGGGUCACCAGGAACAAGAUGGUGAAUGACACCUGGGGUCAGCAGUACUCCUACGCCCUGUUCAAGGCCAUGAGUCACAUGCUGUGUAUAGGGUAUGGCCUGUACCCUCCUAUCGGCAUGGCUGACGUGUGGCUCACUAUCCUCAGCAUGAUCGUGGGUGCCACCUGCUUUGCCAUGUUUGUGGGGCAUGCGACUGCACUCAUUCAGUCUCUGGACUCCUCCAGGAGGCAGUACCAAGAAAAGUACAAACAAGUGGAGCAGUACAUGUCCUUCCACAAGCUUCCUGCUGACAUGCGUCAGAGGAUCCACGACUACUACGAACACCGGUAUCAGGGCAAGAUGUUUGACGAGGAGAGCAUACUGGAGGAACUGAAUGAACCGCUGAGAGAGGAGAUCAUCAACUUUAACUGUCGCAAACUGGUCGCCUCCAUGCCCCUGUUCGCCAACGCUGAUCCCAACUUCGUCACCUCCAUGCUGACCAAACUACGCUUUGAGGUCUUCCAGCCGGGUGACUACAUCAUCAGAGAGGGGACCAUCGGCAAGAAGAUGUACUUCAUCCAGCACGGCGUUGUCAGCGUCCUGACCAAGAACAGCAAAGACACCAAGUUGUCCGAUGGCUCUUAUUUUGGAGAGAUCUGCCUGCUGACCCGAGGCAGGAGGACUGCCAGCGUGCGGGCAGAUAACUACUGUCGACUGUACUCUCUGUCUGUAGACCACUUCAACGAGGUGCUGGAGGAGUAUCCCAUGAUGAGGAGGGCGUUUGAGACUGUGGCGCUCGACCGCCUGGAUCGCAUAGGGAAGAGGAACUCUGUUCUUCAACACAAAGUUCAGCAUCACCAAAGUUCUGGCACACUAAACCUUCAUGAGAGUGAGAUCAUCCAAAGAAUAGUGCAACACGACCGCGACAUGGCCCAGUGCACUCAGCUGAACCAAACCAGCAAUGUGCCGAGUAUAAACCGUCCGCCUGCUCCUCCGUCACCCACCCCGGUCAUCUGGGCCCCGCUGGUUCAGGCUCCGCUCCAGGCUGCGGCUGCCACCACCCCGCUUGCUAUGGCCUUGGCCCACCAGUCCCAGCUUCCUCCAAUCCUCUUCCACCAUCCUCUGGUGCCACGUCCCGGCUCUGUGAAGGACCCGUCCAGCCAUUCAAAGAGAGUACAUGUUGGAGCGAGCGCCUCCAGUAGCUGUGGUUCAGGGCCCAAUUCUCCCGCUAGCUCUGCCAACCUUAGAUCUGAGGUUGAGACUGCCACACUACUAUUCCCCAGGACACAGCAACUCUCCAGUGGGCCGUUGUCACCCAUACUGACGUCUCAGCCCAUCUUCACCAGCAGCCUGCAGCCCCUCGCCCCUCUGCACACACACCAGCCUCUGCUCCAUCCUCCCCACUCUGGCAUGGCGUCGGUGUUUCCCAUCAGCCAGGCCACCGUCUCUUACACCUGCUCUGCUCAGCUCCACUCCCAGCCGUUUCACGGUGCUAUGACCACCCCACCACGACCGAUAGGUUUACUCCAACAGGGGGCACCAGGGAGGCUAGCAGGGAGAUUCCCGGCCCCCUCAGCCACCGCGUUAACCCCUCUUAUUUCAAGCUCAGUCGGCCCCAUACUGAGCCAAUUGCAGCAAACCUCCCAUAUCACCUCACAGCAGGUGGGGUCCAGCAGUGACAGAGCAAGCAGGAGAACCAGUGGCCUGAACCUCCCACAUUUUCCCUUCAUCACCAACACCCAGUCCUCCGCUGGAUUUAAUCAGCCAGUGUCUGCAGUCGGAGCCGGGGCCGCAGCCUCUCUGGCCCAGCACAGCCUGGCAGGACUCCAGUCUGUUUUUCUCCCGCAGGUUCUCCCAGAGCACUCAGCCCUCGCCUCCCUGGCCCAGUAUGGCUCUGCAGAGGCCUCGCCUUGCUACACGCCUCCUGUCCACAGUCCCAGCGUCCAGAGCCCCGUGAGGGGAAGGACAGUAUACCACAGUGAGCUCCCCAGCACUGCGGACUCUCAUAGUCCUCUAACCCUUCAGACCUCAUGCCCUGCCAGGGUGGCCUGUACCCUCAGACAGAGGGCAGAGUCCUCGCUGGAUCUCUUUUCCCAGGAAAUAAAGACUAUCUCAGGCUCUCACAGCUCUAUACACCAGGAAAGGCCUUUGGCCAUAAGCGGCUCCUCUGAGGGUGUAGCAGGGGCGCCCAGCCCCUUCUCCUCACCGAUGGCUGUCAGUAAACCCUACACCCCGAUCCCGGGUCAAGCCACUCCUGUCAGUCGGACACAUUCAGGGCCUGAGCCUCAGCACCAGUCCGUUGGUUUUCACUCUGCUCCCAUUAGAUCUCCCGCUAAAAUGUUAGAGAAGGAACACAAACAGUCGAAACUCCCGUCCAAUUUGUGAGAUUUAGACACACCCUCCUUUAAUGCCUGAGCGAAGGGAAGAUCACCUGCACCUGGCAUCAUUUUAACCACUAUGUCAAAUUUUGAAGUAGGAGGGUGUGCUAUUCUAAUCCGAUUGGAGCUCAGUGGUUUUGUUUUUAACCAGAGUGAACGGAUCGAGUUUGAUAAUGGACAGUUACAGAUAUAUAUUUUUUACAGGAUACUGCGUCUUUAAAAAUGCUAAUAACAUCCAAACUGUAUUGAUGGGUAUAUGUAACACCUCAUGAAAGUAUCAAUUGUUCCGUGUAUUAUAUUCUAACCGCACUCUGUGAUUUGUAUUUGUUUAAAACCCCAUCGUCCAGGCAAUUUGUGUAACCUUUUAGCCACAUCCUAUUUAGUUGGAACGUCGUCCACAACUGUAUCCAGUUAUGAUCAAAACCAAAAAAAAAAUUGCUGUCCUCUGUUCACAUCCUUUCCCACUGCUGAGAGCGUCGUGUGAACGCAGGGUUACUGCGUAAGAGAUGUGAGGAGAGACAGACUGUGCACCUGAAGGCUUGACGAUGGCACGUCUUCCAAGAUAGCUUUCCAGCAAUAUUGCACACCCAAAUGGGUCACACAGAUCAGAUAGUAUUUAAAAAUAAAUCUAAGUAAUGAAUGUAAUGAAAAUGUGUGAGUGGGAGGAGCGGGAUUCAUUUUGAAUGUGUUUAAACAUGAAGGUGAUGACGGAUUUCACAAUAGAUGCCAACUUAUUUCAGUCUGGCAAUAACUUUGGUACAAAACAUCCACCUGAGCCGAGGUUUGUGUGCCAUUAGCAUAGUAUGCAAUAAUCUGUGUGUUCUUUUGUCUUGUUUUUUUACUGGUAUGCAAAGGUACUGUGAAUCGAAGCACUGAUUUGAGAUCAGACUCAUUAAAACAAGGGAACUGAAUUUAAAAAAGAAAGAAAGAAGCAAUUGUCGAUAAUCAAAACAUCCUGAAACCAGCGAUGCACUGAGAUUGCUCUGAAUGUUUCUUGCACCAGUCAAAGGGCUAAAAGCAGUUUCCUGGACUCACGAUCAACGAGAACCCCUGAUGGGUCAUAUUGCUGCAUAUUUACCUCUUUCAUUGUACAAUAUUUGAAAGAUUUGACAUGUAUUGUUGAACAAUUGCUGCUUUGUGAUGCUAUGCUGAAUCAAUAACGUGUAUAUCAACUGACUUACUUUUAAAAACCAGACUCUUAAAUCCUUCUACUUGUUAAUAAGUUUACGUGUUUAGAUGAUGCGUCUAUCUUUGUUGACCUGCAGCCGGUGACAAACUGUGAGCCGGUCGGCAGGUCGGACCAUCAGAGGAUCCUGUCCAGUGGCUUUAGCUGCCUGGUUGGUGAGCCUGAGGUCUGCAAUGACUCUGAGUUCCACAAGAAAGAGAUACCAUCAGACACUAGCCAGCCUCUGCCAAUGGGCUCGAUCAAUCCUUCAUUACUAUUCUCCUCCAACCGCCUGCCACAGGCAUUUGCUUAGAGGUUAUUUUGAGUGCAUUCAACUUAAAAGUGUGUGUGUGCGUGUGUGUAGGAGGUGUCAUUCAUUCAUCCAUCCAUUCAUAUAUUUAUUUAUCAUUUUGCUGCCUUUUAGCCAUCGAAUCUCAUUCUUUUGUCACCUGUAUGUUACAGACAUUUUAUUUAAGCCUCCAAAUUCAAUGCAAUAAAAUGACAUAUGUUUAAUUACCCUCACCUCAACCGUUUAUUUCCUUCCAGGAGGAGAGUGU